AUGGAUAAAGCUGAACGUGUGGAUGAUGGUCCGAGCUUAAAUAGCAUGGGAAAGAUUGAGGACGAGAUGCUGAAUGCAGAAGAUAUCAUAGAGGGUGUCACGAAGCACACUGAUUCAUUGAUGAAGGGCACUGGAGACACAGAUGUUUUCAGCUUCAGGAGUGAAAAUCUAUCCAGCAAAGAUUUGGGGGAGAAUUACCUUCAUAGGUUCUGUAAGGAGGCAGCCCAUGCCUUCUUUAAUGACUUUGGCUUGAUCAGUCAUCAGAUCAACUCAUAUAAUGAUUUCGUUGAUAAUGGUUUACAGAAGAUAUUUGAUUCACUUGGUGAAGUCAAUGUGGACCCCGAAUAUGAUCCCUCCAAGAAAGGUUCCAGUGGCUGGCGCCAUGCGAGAAUCACAUUCGGAAAAGUUAGGCUGGAGUCUCCUACAUUCUGGACGGAAAGGCAUAAUAGCAGUGAUGAGCCUCUGAAGUUGCUGCCAAAGCAUGCUCGGCUUCAAAAUAUGACAUACUCGGCCAGAAUGUUUGUGGAAGUAAAUGUCAAGGUAACCGGAUGAGUUUAUUCGUGCAGAAAACAUUAACAUUACUCAGUAUGUGUUCAUUUUUCUUCGAUCUCUAUUUUUCAUUUGAGCUUCUCUGUCUGGUGAAGUACCUCUGUUGACUAGCAGAUGAAGGGUUUUUCACGGACAAAUUAAUUCAAAGGAAAACCACAUACAUUUUUGUGACACCUUUGAUGAUAAAUGCCACAGGAUUGAGGGACUAGGGUUUUUAUGUUUUACUAUCGCUAUGUCCUGUAUGGAGAAUUCUUUAUUUCAGAAUUUUGAAGAUUGGAAGACUUGUUUGUGUCUGUUUUAUGGAUACUGUUUAAACUAUUUCUGGUCUGAGAAUUAUCUUCUUUUCUCAUGGCUCUAUAACCUCGAGUGAAAUGCAUUUAGGUACAAACAUAAAGCGUAAAUCAAGCUGUAGCACCCUAAGAAAAUCAUUCUUUUUAAUGCUUAAACAUAGAUUUAUUCAUUCUUCAUUGGGUUUUCUGGAAAAACUUCGUACCAUCUACUUCCUAACAAUGGACAUAUCUUCAUUUGUUGUUCAUCAUGUAUGACUUAUAAUAUUCUUUCUGGGAAAGAAUAAAAUAUUUUAUGGCACAUGGACUGUGAUAUCUGCUGAUCCAUUCUGAGUUAUAUUGGGAACUUAAGCAAUUUUAUUAAAUACCAUCUUAGUUCUUAUUAUGAUCAUCACGUGUAUCUGGUAAAUUGACGGCCAUGAUACUCGCAUUUUGCUCAUAAAUAUUACGUUUUUUUCCUAUUUUUUAACUUGCUGAGUAUCUUCCCAUCAGUAACAUGUUAUGUGAUUCUGAGUGGAACUGACGCCCAUCGGCUCGAUUUACAGAUCAGAGCAUGAUAUCUCUGAUUUUUUUCAUUUAAAGUGUGUCUCCAAUAAAUCAACCAUAUCUGUUUUGACGUGUUACAGUUAAUGUGCUGGCUACAGUCCUGGGUUUUGCUUAUUUUCCAUCUAAAAUUUAUUGUUGGCGGCAACAACUCAGGUGCCGUAGUACUUGAAUUUUGUGGAGAUGCAGUAACUCUUGCUGACUUGAAGAUUUAAUAGUCAAUGAAAUGUCAACUUUUGAGACUCAUUUUAAAUGUAUGUUUAACUAGUCUGAUGAGUAAACAACUCAACUGUACCGUCCUGAAUGAAACCACAACUGUGUCCUCUGGUUUCCUAUCACAGUAACUUUCUGAAAAAAAAUCGUCAUAAUUCUUUCAUGAACUUUCUAUCAUCGAGCAUUUUCCAAAUGUGGUGCAUUGAAUGUUUAUGACUCUUCAUUUUUGUCGAAAUUUCAGGUAUAUACUAAAGAGCUUGUCAAAAGUGACAAAUUCAAGACGGGUAAACAACAAUAUAUCAACGAUAAGGUGCUGAAUGAAGAUACGAGAGAGAUAGUGAUGGGGAGAGUACCUGUGAUGGUGAAAUCAAAACUUUGCUGGCUUUAUAAACUUGGAAAAAGUGAUUGCGACUUUGAUGCAGGCGGAUACUUUCUGAUUAAAGGAAUAGAAAAGGUGAAUCUAGUCCCCUUUGUAUUGUGUCCACGUAUCAAUCGUUAUUUUCAUGGAUCCAUGCCUAUAUUCCAAACUCAUAAUACCAGUGCCUAAAUAAUCCUCUUUAUUUCAAUUGCCCUAAUUAUCAUAUAAUGUUUAAAUUUUUGUAUUGCAGAUGCACACACAUGACAAGAUUCUUUUUUUGUUUUUGUUUUUUGAACAAGUAUGAGUGUCCGUGUUAUUUUAUUUUUAUCUCUGUAAGUGCAUCGUAUAUUUCUGUCAGAGCCUUGCCAGGUGACAAGGGUUAGAUCGUUAAGAAAUCUUUGUUUCGAAAUUGGCCGCUUGUACCUUUAAGUUAUCCAAAACAUUCUCGUCUGUCCGUGCAUCCGAUCAAUUCAUUUUUAGUGAGUUUUCCUUAUUUAACAGUCACGGCCAGUUCUUUCUUCACAAACCUCUGACAGGAAUUGGAUGACAAUCAAUAAUUAAAAAUUAAUGGAAGUAUACCAGUUGUGCUGUUCCAGAAGACCAUCAGUGAUGAGGACUUGCAGUCAAUCAUGCAUUCGUCAAGAUCUACAGUUAAAGGAAGCGUAUGACUGGACUUGGUGAAUAAUAUAACAGGAACAUUUUUGCUCAUUUCCGUCGGUCACUGAGCCCAAGUUUAUCUUGGCUAUAUCUAAGAUUGUUAAGGUCUAUUUAAGACUAGUGUAUCCCAAGCAUUUUCCCUGCCUUUAGGUAGAAUUUAAAGCCAAAAUUCUGGCUUAUUAGUUUAAGGGAGCUGUUAGGAUUUGUAGUCCCCUUCAAAGGCCUCGUAUUCCAUGUAUAAAUAAGUGGCUAAACUUGAUGUCAAGGGACUAUCUUUUGAAUGAAAAUUUUUGCUCUUAGUUCUUUCUCCAAGAGGGCCGUGAAGGGUCCUCUGAUGUGAAUUUCGGGCCCCAAAGAGUGAAACUGUGGGUUCUUUUGUCUUGCUCGAUUCCUAGCGUCCCAUAGGUUGUUUGGAUCUCUACAUCGUCAAGAGGAGGGUAGUUGGUGGGUCGUUUGAUCUGUAAAUCCCAUAGGUCUCUGCAGACGAGCUUGAAGGCAUAAUCGUUGUCAAUCCUAUUCGUGAUCUCUAAUCUAACUCGGUAUUGAAGAUCUAUUGUUUUUGGUUAUACUUAUCUCUAAGCUCUCACCAGCCUUACAUCCGUAUUUCCUAUUCUGGUCCGCCCUUAACACAUCAUAAGUUACUGCCUUAAAGGAAGUUUCCAUGCUUCCUAUGAUUCUAAAUCUUGUUUUGAAAGCAAGGCACCUUGCUAGCGACCUAACUAUAAACAUAAACUAACUGUGACUACUCAUAGAGGAUGCCUAUUUGUUUGGCCAGCCAUUAUUUGAAUUGAUAUUUGCUAUUUUCUCUUAAAAUCAGCUAUAUGCAAGGUGUGUCUCGCAAAACUAAUCUCAUCCAUCCCCAAGUAAAAAGUGUUAAUCGAUCCUUUUUUACUGUGUAGUUGCUGCUUUUAUAUACUUAUGGGGAUUUUUUGAGAUAUACGGUCAGUCCUCUGACUGGAAGGUCAGAUGCACGGAAUCAGCAGCAGUCGAUAUCAUGAAAUGGGGGAGAGAUCAGGCGAUGAAGUUGAAGGCUAGGGAAUAUGAUAGCAUUCAUAAAGCAAACAAGAAAAUGUAUUUAUUAUUCACCGAAAUGGAUAUUAUAUAUAUAUAUAUAAGUAUAUAUAUUACUGUUAUUUUCUAUCACGACACACUUUUUUAGCACUGUGACUAUCUAUUUUUCCCAGCUGCUGAACCUUUGAUCACAACUCUAUAACCUAAAUGAUCUGUAUAACAUCUUAGAUUUUUACUGAUAGGUCUACGUGUAAAUUAUAAUUAUGGGUAAAAUGAGUUGUGCAAUGAAAGUACAAUUUAAUGAAUCUAGAUGUCAUAUCGAAUUAGAGAAAGCAUGUCGAAAUUAUUAUUCAAUGAUUACAGAGCAGUCCACUGAAGAAAAGGUUGCCGGAAACCAUCAUUUCAUGCAGGCUUUCCAGUUCUUUCAGAGAUCGUUUUUCACGAUUUAGCCAGUUUCAGUCUUAUUUGAAUUUUUUUUUAUUGUCUAGGUCAAUUUAUUCUCUAAAGAGGGACCUGUUACAUGAUACUAGUCUGGUUACACUUUAACCUGGUCUAGUGUUACCGUCUAGUUUACCAUGUCUCUCUGUUUUUCAUCUUCUUCUCUUGUCUUUCACUUUUAAUAAAAUCAUACAUCUCUUCUCAAUUAUGACACUGUUGCGAAUGGCCAUUCUUCAAGUACUUUUAUUUUUCUCUCCAUAGGUGUUCAUAGCUCAAGAACACCGUUGUUUAUCAAGACUCUGGACAACUGAUAAGCCGUCAUGGGCUGUGCAGUACCAAUCCCAGGCUAAGAAGAAGAGAGUCUAUGUAAAGUUCAGGGGAGACUCAAAGGCUAUUGGGUUAACUGCAAAGAAAGUUGUCACUGUCUGCUUUCUGUAUGCGACAAUGCCAGUAUGGUUAUUAUUUUUUGCUCUUGGUGCAUCAUCUGAUAGAGAGGUUCAUCAAAUGAUUAACAUUGAUGAGUCUGAUUCCAGGCUAGUUAAUAUAUUAUUAGAAACAAUCAAAGAUGCAGAUGAGCAAUUUUCUGGUUUUCGUGAUAGAGAAAGAGCAGUGGAGUUUGUUAAUGACUUGGUCAGAAACACCAAGUUUCCGCCAAGUGAAACUAUGGAACAGUGCAUAAAAAAAUAUUUAUUUCCUGCUAUGCAUGAGGAUAUAAAUAAGGCUCUUUUUUUGGGACACAUGGUAAAAUCCCUGCUGCUUGCCUGGUCUGGCAAAAGAAAGUGUGAUAAUAUGCACGAUUUUAGGAACAAAAGGUUGGAGCUAUCUGGCGAUCUUCUAUCGAGAGAACUGUAUAUUCGAGUUAAACACGCUCAAAGGCGUAUGUCCAAGGUCAUCCAAAGAGACUUGAAUGGAGAUCGUGAUUUAAAUGUUAUUGAGUACUACGUAGAUGCAUCAAUCAUCAGCAACGGUUUAGGGAGAGUAUUUUCCUCUGGCACAUGGAGUCAUCCUUACAAAAGAACGGAAACCUCCACAGGAAUUAUUGCCAAUCUUCGUAGGGUUAAUCCUGUGCAGAUGAUAUCUGAUCUGAGAAAAACACGUCAGCAAUUCCAAUAUAGUGGAAAGAGUGGGGAUGCCAGAUUUCCGUAAGAUUGAAUUAUCACUGUAGUCACUACUGUGCAAUUAGAUGUCAGUAGCUAUUGCUCCGUAUAUUUUGAUUUGUGUUGCUGUUACUAGUGCAAACAUUUUUGUAGCCUCAAAAGCACGUAGUUAUUUUAAAAAUUGAAUGAUGAUUUAUGCAAUUUUUUGAGCUACAGGGUAAUAUAUCUAAAAAACCAUGAGAUCAUGGGAAAGUAAGCCUUCUAGAUAGGAACAUGGGUACAGACCUUAAGGGUGUCAAAUUCGCAAGUACUUCAUCACCUUUUAUCAGCAGUUAUGAAUCUCCUUAGUCUACAUAUUUUGUCUGACAAUGAACUUCGGUUGGAAUAUUUUCCGAUUCUGAUCUUUGAUAAGAUGAAUUUCAAGGGAGACAUUCCCCAAUCCUCCCUUCAAAUUUUCUGAUCCAUAUUUUCAAACAACAAGAUAAAUAAAGUUCACUUUUAUGUUUAUUUUGAGUUGUUAAUUUUACUUAUCUUCGCUCUGUAGUAUUUGCUCGUUCAUGUCUUCCGAUGUUUGGUUCAUGUAAUAAAUUAAUAUUUUAUUAAAAUCUGAUACGGUUCUUUCUUCUUUCUUCAUCUCUCUUUUAUUUUUCAUUUUUUGUGCAUAAUCUGCACUGGCUUCGUGUGUUCAUUUCCUGGAUCGUUGGGAUCAGUGAAGAAUGAUGCAGAAAUACAACAUAAGAAAUGUUUUGUAUAACGAAUGCUUUGGCUUUUGAUAUAAUGGUUACUAUUUUUAUUGUUUUGGCAAUGCUGUAUUAUAUGAUUAUCGAGAAGAAUGCUUCUCUGAUAGUCGCAGCAUAAUAUGCCUCCCGCCAAGAUGCCAGGGACCUAGUCAUAGAGGAAGAGAAAACAGAUGGAACUUGUCAGUAUUCCUAAACUAUUUUCCGGUCAAGCUGCUUUGAUGACACCACACCUAAUGAGAAUUGCUUUUGAGGUAUCACUACUGGGUUAAAAUAAGAGAAGAAAAUACGGGUUAAUAUGCCAAUAAAAAAAACCCGAAGCACUUUUAAAUGUUAUACAUUUUCUCCCAAAUCAACGCUCUUUAUGUUUUUUAUUCUACAACCAAUUUAAGCAUUUCACUAUAAACUGCAAUGGAAAGUAAAUUAUGGCAAUGCUUCUCGGUUCUUUGCUCCUUGUUAUUCAAAUAAGUAUUCCUUGCUCUUGUUGCCUUCCUCAGCUAGAAGGUUUCUCUGAUCUCGUAGAUUUGAUUGAAAGAAAUCAGUUACCAGCUAUUAUCCCAAAAAAAGUCAUUUUUUUUUUUGUUUGGUUGUUCUGUCGUACAGUUCCUUUUUAUUCUGGUGUGUGAAUAUUCAGUCUUUUUGGCCCCAUUUUCUGUUUCAUUCUGGGUACAGUUCUUUUCCAUGGAUUAUUCAAACGAUAAACCAAGAAGUUGGGAGAUCUCUGAAUUCUCCUAACCACAGAGAUAAAUCGGCAUAUGUGCACUUAUGGCUCCCUGGUGACAGAUCCUGAAGAGUUCUUGUGCAAUAUGCCUUCUACAAUCUAGACAUAGAAAUUGCGGGUCUAUCACUUUUGACUUCCUUUCAUGUGGCUCGAAACAUACGUGAAAUGAAAGAUUAAAGUAAGAUGGUUGAACCCUACGCUUAUGUUUCCGGCGAAAGAGAACAUCCAACAUGUUUCAUCCCGCUCUUCGACCCUGUAGACAGAUUUUGGAGCAUGCCUGCUUGGAAUUCUGUUUGACUGAUAAUGGGGACCCGACCUUUUCGCCAUGCAAAAUCUUUAACAUGGCGUUGACUUUUGUCUGUUGUACUUAUGCAGGAACCCAUCUCACUGGGGAAAGUUAUGCUUCCUGUCCACCCCAGAUGGAGAAAACUGUGGACUCAUAAAAAAUCUGGCGGUCACUGGACUUGUCAGCACCCAUCGUAGGGAAUCAAUCGUAGAAUCAUUGGUAGCAUGUGGGAUGGAGAGACUGGAAAGAAUUCCUCUCCAGUCCAUAAAUGGAAUGAACAAGGUUUUCUUAAAUGGCACCUGGGUUGGUGCCUGUCAGGACGGUCGAUCCUUUGCCGCUGACCUUAGAAGCCUCCGGCGAAGAAAACUCCUCCAUAUUGAGGUACACUCCUCAAACUCCUGGAAGUUCUCACGAAAAAUAAACCUGUGAAUAUAUUAGCAUAUGAGGUUUCUUUAUGCAGUUAUUGAAUUUAUUUUGAUUGUCCUAUUUUAUUGCUGCAUCAUACGGAUGAUAGUUUUCGCCACCAAGUAGAGAAUCGGAAGUUCUUACGAACAAAAAAAAAAAAGUUUUUCGUCCAAUCACUGAGAUUAAUUCGAUUGGUCGACUGUAUUAUCUCAUGCUUUCUUUGCCUGUCGCUCUUUUCUCGUCCUCCUCGGUUCUUGGGCUAAAUCUCUUGUUUGGGUUUUUGGAGGUCGAGAUCAAAUGGGAUCCUCAUCAGCAAGAGGUGCGGGUGUUCUCCGACGCGGGAAGAAUCAUGCGGCCUCUUCUGAUCGCGGGUAAUCUCCAGAGAGCGAAGAAUCUCAGGGGCGGACGCCUCUCCUUCCAAUCUCUCCUCGACGAGCAGCUCGUGGAGCUCGUCGGCGUUGAGGAGGAGGAGGACUGCCGGACCGCGUGGGGGAUCAAAUACAUCUUCAGCGAAGGCGGCGGCGCUUUGUCGCCGCCGCCCGAGUACACCCACUGCGAGCUUGACCUCUCCUUCCUGCUGGGCCUGAGCUGCUCCCUCGUCCCCUUCGCGAACCACGACUUCGCCCGGAGGGUCCUCUACCAAUCGGAGAAGCACUCUCAGCAAGCCGUCGGGGUCUCCACGGUCAACCCGGCGGCGAGACUCGACACCGCCUCGUACCAGCUUUUCUACCCGCAGAGGCCGCUUUUCAGGACGACGACCUCCGAGUGCCUCCGGAAGGCGGAGCUCUACAACGGCCAGAACGCCGUCGUGGCGGUCAACGUCCACCAGGGUUACAACCAGGAGGACUCGCUGGUGCUCAACCGGGCCGCCCUGGAGCGGGGGAUGUUCCGGACGGAGCUCUUCCGGUGCUACAAAUCCGCUGUCGACAACAUCGAGCUCCUCUCGGCGAGGCGUCUGAAGGCGAAGGACAGGGUUGCCUUCGCGAAGAUCGACAGCAAGAUCGGCCGCGUCGACUCACUGGAAGGAGACGGUCUCCCCUGGGUCGGCGCCCGCCUGCAGAGCGGCGACAUCGUGAUCGGCCGGGUCGCCGAGUCGGGGGCGGACCACUCCGUCAAGCUGAAGCACACGGAGAGAGGGUCUGUGCAGAGGGUCGUCCUCUCCGCCAACGACGAGUGCAAGAACUUCGCCGCCGUCGUCCUCCGGCAGGUUCGGUCGCCGGUGCUGGGGGACAAGUUCUCGAGCAUGCACGGGCAGAAGGGCGUGGUGGGGCUCUUGGAGGCACAGGAGAACUUCCCCUUCACCGGGCAGGGGAUAGUCCCCGACGUCGUCAUCAACCCGCACGCCUUCCCCACCCGCCAGACGCCAGGCCAGCUGCUUGAAGCGGCGCUCGGGAAGGGCGUCGCCGCCUGCGCGGACGCCACCGUCGCGCGGUCCGCCACGCCCUUUGCCGCCCCCUCGGUGGAAGAGAUCACCGAGCAGCUGCACAGGUAGGUUCCCCCCCCGGCGCCAGAGUCCACCGGCGGGAGGAUCUUCUGUCUCACUGGUUACUGCCAUGUUUGCAGGGCGGGUUACACGCGGUGGGGGGCGGAGAGGGUGUGCAGCGGGAGGACGGGAGAGAUGAUGCGGUGCAUGGUGUUCAUGGGGCCGACGUUCUACCAGCGGCUGGUGCACAUGGCGGAGGACAAGGUGAAGUUCAGGAACACGGGGCCAGUUCACCCUCUAACGCGGCAGCCGGUGGCAGACCGGAAGAGGUACGGCGGGGUGAGGUUCGGGGAGAUGGAGAGGGACUGCCUGCUGGCCCACGGCGCCGCCGCGAACCUGCACGAACGGCUCUUCGCGCUCAGCGACGCCUCGGAGAUGCAUGUCUGCCAGCGCUGCACGCGCGCAGCGGGUGUGGUGCAGCGCCCGGUCGCCGGGAGGAAGAUGGUGCGCGGCCCCUACUGUCCCUUCUGCCGCUCCUCCGAGGAGAUCGUCAGGGUCGACGUUCCCUACGGUGCCAAGCUGCUUUACCAGGAGCUCUUCAGCAUGGGCAUCUGCCUCAAGUUCCACACCGACGCCAGCUGA